CUACUAAUAUGACGUCACCAUUAAUACCUGUUUUGAAAAAGUGAGAGGUGGACACGGAAGUCUAGUUUUACCCCCGAUAUCGUGCCUAUCGUUGCGAAUUCACAACGUCACAUCAGAUCAUCUGUCCAAAUGUUUACCUGAACGUUGGAACGAAAUUUGCACAAUAGAGAUAACGUCAUUUAUUGGCGAAUGUUUGCGUCGGACACGUCACACCAAGAUGGCGGAAGUUGAGGAACAGGAGCUAGAGUCGGAAGACUGGCAGGUGGAGUUGGAGACAGCUGUGUUAGAAGGCAGCUGUGACAUCGGCAUCAUCAGAAACAUCUGCAAAGGGAGGCAGGUUCCCGAGGAACUCAGACCCGCGGUGUGGAAGAUCUGCCUGAAUGUUGCUGGGAAGGGAGACUCCAUGGAAUCCUGGGACGGCGUGUUCGACCUGCCCCAACAGGAGGUUCUCAGGCAGGACUGCCUCAGUCUGCUCGAGAAGUAUGAGGACCUGGCGGAGGACCAGCUGGCCAUCCUGAGCGACAUGGAGUCCGUUCUGACGUUCUACGCCAAAUCUCGCAGUCUUCAGUACGCCUCCGGGAACGGCUGGGUCGACGUUCUCGCGCCUCUCAUCCCCCUCCGGCUGCCCAGACAGGACCUGUACAACUGCUUCUACGCCAUCAUGACCAAAUACAUCCCGAGGGACUGUAAAGUCGACGGGAAGCCAUUCCACCUGUUCCGCCUCCUGCUGCUGUACCAGGAUCCUGAACUCUGCAACUUCCUCGACACCAAGAGGAUAUCAGCAGAUACGUACGCGCUUAUGUGGAUCCAGAGCCUGUUUGCGAGUCCGUGUGAGCUGAGUGUUGUGCAGCCCAUGUGGGACCUGUACUUACAGCAGGCUGACCCUUUCUUCCUCUUCUUCCUCGCACUGGUCAUACUGGUCAACGCCAAAGAGCAGAUUCUUCCCAUGGAAAAUGAAGAUAAGCAGGUUAUUGUAGACACCCUAAAAGUGUUUCCAGCCCAACUGGAGGCGGAAGACAUUGAGGAUUUCUGUGCGCUGGCUCUCUACUACUCCUCAAGAACCCCACAGUCUUUCAGAAAGGAUUACCAGUACAUGUUUGGAGGCAGCCUAACAGCCAGAGAGGACACCAGUGAAGAAGAAAUGUUGUCUCAGGCCCUGUGUCUGCCUGUGUCGUUGUUUCUAACCUUGUUGUUGUUGUUGUUGUUCCAGGAUUACCAGUACAUGUUUGGAGGCAGCCUGACAGCCAGAGAGGACACUAGUGAAGAAGAAAUGCUGUCCCAGGCCCUGUGCCUGCCUGUGUCAGUAGCUGAGCUCCUGCAGGCCACAGAGGAGACAAAUGGCGACAGUGUACACUACUUUGUGGUGGACUGCAGGCCUGCCGACCAAUACAACACAGGACAUCUUUCCACUGCUUUCCAUUUAGAUGCCAAUCUGAUGUUGCAGGUUCCGACGGAGUUUGCCCUGGCUGUGCAAGCCUUGUUUUCCGCGCAGCGCACAGCAAUCGCGGCCGGGUCGGUGGCGGGAGGGGAGCAUCUGUGCUUCAUGGGGAGCGGCAGGGACGAAGAGGACCAGUACGUGCACAUGGUGGUCGCACACUUCCUACAGAGACAUACAGCCUUCAUCAGCUUAGCCAGAGGAGGUUACCAUGCGCUCCACACAGAACUGGUGAAGAGAGAAGAGAAGGGAGACUCCAGCUUCUCAGUCAGGACCUGCAUCGUAUCCACAGCAGGGGAGGACGUCAACGGGGAACAUGACGGGAGACCCGGGGCUCAGGGAGCGUCUCUCAUCAACAAACUGUCAAGCGCCGUGAGACACAAGUCCGACGCCAUGAAGGAACAACUCUCCAAGAUCAAGGACAAACUGGCCGAGGGGGCCGGGCCUGUGGAGAGACAUGUGAGCAGCAGUGACAAACUGGGCAAGCCGUACCGCGGGGUCAAACCUGUCUUCAGUAUCGGGGAUGAAGAGGAUGACCACGAUGAGAUGGACAGCUUCAGCGUGUCAGACGAUGAACAUGAGGUGGUGAACCUGGACACGUGGCUGAAGAAACCCGACGUCAUUCAGCACUUCCCCUGUCAGGAGGUCAAGGAGUCAGGCCACCUGCUGCCAAGCCACCUGCUGCUCACCAGCACUCACAUGUACGUCUUGAGAGACAAUCCAGACAGAAAAGGAAUGUCGUUUAUCCAGUCGAGACACGCGCUGACGGAAGUUGUGAAGAUCACGUCCAAGAAGAGACAUCCUGACCUGAUCACGUUUAAGUACGGCAUCAGUGAGGAGGAAGGAGUUCAGGUCACAGGCAUGGAGAGGUUUCUGAUCCCGGAGGCCGCCACCUGCACCAGAUUUAUCAAAGACCAGAUUCUGAAGGUUCUGGACGCCACCGACAGCUGACCUCCCGCAGGACUUCACUUGUGCAAUUCCAGAUUCCACUGAUAGGGGGCGUAGUUAAGCUGUGAACAGACACACGGACACAGUACUGCCCAGUGUUCCAGCCAGUCUGAAUUUUUUUUUUAAUUUGUGUCAAUUUUGUGUCAAUUUUGUUGGAUGUAACAUCAUGUGGAGCGUUGGAUGUGACAAUUCUAGGUUGGGGGGGGAUGCUCCCCCUGGAAAUUUAUAAAUCUUGACCCUUUGAAAUGCUAUUUGCUGCAUUUUAAGGGGCAGAUUUUGCCAAUAGACUAAGCUAGAUGAAUCUCUUACCAUCUCUUUAUGAACCAAUUUUUGUCUGUCAAAGCUGACGGAUUGGGCAAAGUAUUUGUCCGUCAUGAGCAGCGAAAUUUCUGUCAAAUGACGGGAAGACAGAUGCUGUCUGGAACACUGGUACAGCCUGAUAAUUCCUGUAGAACAGCUUCAUGACCUUAGUAUGAAAGUUCAUCUGUGUUGGUCUACUUCAUUAUGACAAAAAAGGGCUAAACGUUCUAGC